GGAGACAAGUUUAACCGGAAAACAAAGUUCAUCACUACACCACUUCAACCUCGCACUAGCAUUGUAGCUAAAACGGCGGCGGGAAGUUCUUGUCAGCAAUUUAACCAAAAAUACAAAGAUAAUUACCAAACGGAAUCUAUCUAGACCGAUUUUUAGCUAGCUAUUCUUGAUGGCUCUGUAGUCGGACGUAGAGUGACAGUAACCUGAGCUUCGCUGUGUGGGAUUCGGCUAACAUGGCUAACGUCGGAAACCAACUACCAACACAGGCCGUUAGCAAGCCUCCAUCGGGGAAACAUGGAAACGUACUGCCCCUAUGGGGUAACGAAAAAACAAUGAACCUCAACCCAAUGAUUCUCACUAAUGUCCUAUCGUCGCCGUAUUUCAAAGUUCAGCUUUAUGAACUCAAAACCUACCAUGAAGUUGUGGAUGAAAUCUAUUUCAAGGUGACUCAUAUUGAGCCCUGGGAAAAAGGCAGCAGAAAGACCGCAGGUCAGACUGGAAUGUGCGGAGGGGUGCGUGGUGUUGGGACUGGAGGAAUUGUGUCUACUGCUUUCUGUCUGCUGUACAAACUGUUUACUCUAAAGCUGACUCGAAAACAGCUGAUGGGGCUGAUCACUCACACCGACUCUCCAUACAUUAGAGCACUUGGAUUCAUGUACAUAAGAUACACUCAACCCCCAACAGAUUUAUUAGAUUGGUACGAUGGUUUCCUGGAUGAUGAGGAGGAUCUUGACGUGAAAGCUGGAGGAGGCUGUGUAAUGACCAUUGGAGAGAUGCUGCGAUCCUUUCUAACAAAACUGGAGUGGUUUUCCACGUUGUUUCCACGGAUCCCUGUGCCCGUGCAGAAAAUGAUCGACCAGAACCUUAAGGCACGGCCCCGUAAGGUGGCUCCAAAAGACCCACAGGAAGAGGAGCCGCUCGCUGAGACAGGGAGGCAAGGAGAGAGACGCCACUCCAGGACACCCAGGCGGACACCAAGCCCCAGAAGGUCACCGAAACGGUCAAGGAGCAGGAGUCACCAUCGGGAGAGGGAUCGCCAUGGCCCCAGCUACGACCGCGAGCUGGAGAGAGAACGGGACCGCCAGAGGAAGGAGAGGGAGGGCAAGGACCGGGACAGAGGAGAGCGGGAACGGCGACGAUCUCGUAGCGCAGAAAGAAACCAAGACAGGCGAGAGCGUAAAAGAAGUCACAGCAGCAGUAGGGACAGGCGGAGCGAACGCAGAGAUAAAGAAAGGGAUGGAGGAGACGACAGGAGCAGGAAAAAGGAGCGAGAUCACCAUAAGGACCGGGGCGCUGACAGGGAGAGGUCCAGGGAUAGAAGGAGCAGGGGAGAGGCGGAUGAACGAAGGCAUAAAGACGAUAGGGACCGACACAGGGAGGAGAAGAAGAGUAAACGACCAAGCCGCAGUCGAAGCAGAGACAGGAAACACAAAGAGGACAAAAGCAGGAAACGGGAGCGCAGCCACAGCAAAGAGAAGGACAGAGAGCGAGACGGGGAGGCGCGUUCACACAAACGUAGUCGUAGCAAAGAGAGGAGCCAUCAUCAGCGAGAGUCGAACAACGACCACGCGAAACACGGCGAUCGCAGAAGGAGCCAGAGCGCAGAGUAAAUGUGGCCUCACGGCAACACGACUUCCGUGUUUCCCCCUUAGUUCUAUGCCGCUGUCCGGUCAGUCAUGUGCUAAAGAGCAGAGGCAUUCGAGCGUCGGAAACCAGAGAUCGCUGUCUUCUGCAAGUGUAACAUUUGUUUUUUUCUGCUGUUUGCUCCUCCAGAGCAGUGUUGGUCCUCACUCGAAAUCUGUAAAGCGACUAAAAAGGUUUUUAAUUUUCUAUGGUUGUUUUUGAGCAGAGAAGACCUGAGCUUGUAAAUAACAUUUUGAGGUGGUCUGCACACAUUUAGCAGAGUUAAACUCAACGUUUUGACCCUACAACGUAAGCAUAUACAUUUUGCAUAACUUGUAUAGAAAAACCUGUUGUUUUUUUUUGGCUCCAUAAAAGCAAUACCAAGAUUUUUAAAGAUUUAAAAUAUUUCAGAGCGCAGUACACAAAUUAUGAUUUCAAGAUUGGGCCCAAAAUGGUGUGCAGACAGUCAGAAUGUUUUGGUCUUCUGAUGGGAAGUCUGGAAAGUCGUUUUUACCACACAGUCAUCCCUGCUUGUGUUGUGAAUGAGUUGCUCUGUUGCAUUUUUGUUUUCUAAUAAACACUUUUAUAAGUGA